GCGCGGGCUGACAGUGGCUCAGGAGGGAAGCGCCUUCCGGGUUAGGGGAGGCGGGGCUCCGGGCUCAGCCCGAGCUAGGUUUGCGCUCGGCCCGGGCAGCGUCUCCAUUCGGCUCCGGCUCGCCCGCCCGCCGGGCAUGACUCCGCCGCGGCCCCUGCUCGCCUUCCGGCCAAGGACCCUGCCCCGGCCAGGCCUCUAAGCGCCCCCUUCCUGGUCCCGCCUCCCCUUCAAGCCCGCUGCAGAUUCCCCCCUUUGGACCCCCCAGCCCGGCCCCGGCUCCCCCUUUGCACCCCCAGCCCGGCUUCCCCCCGCUCCUGUCCGAGAUCCAGCGCCCCGCCCCCCCCCCGCGCCCUCUCUUUGACGCAGACUCUUGCCCCCUCCGCCGGGUGCUUGGGGGGUGAGCGACCCAGCUGCGCGCCCGCUGCCCCCGCACCAUGUCUGGGACGCGGGGCUCGGAGAGGAAGGAGAGCUCGGAGCUGGAAGAAGGGCAAUAUGACUCGGGCAUCUACUCGAUCCCCUCCAUCCGCUCCCUGCCCGGCCCGCCGGAGGAAGGGGAGCACCCGCCGGGCCUCGGGGACACGCUGCAGAAGGAUUCCGGCCCCCUGGGCAAAGAGGGAGCAGACACCCUGGAAGCGGAGGAGAGGAUCGACUCUUCCUAUGGCUCGGCCUCCCUGACCGAGCCCCUGGCCGCGCUGGGGCAACUCCCCGAGGAGGAAGCAGAAGCCCUGGAGGGGCUCAGCCAGCAGCAGCUGGAGGCGCUCACCUACAUCUCGGAGGAUGGCGACACGCUGCUGCACCUGGCAAUCAUCCAUAGCUUCCCAGCACUGGCAUUCUUCUGCAUCACCCACCUGCCCACGGAGGUGCUCGAGAUCCAGAACGACUUGUUCCAGACCCCACUUCACCUGGCCGUGUACCUUGAGCAGCCCACCGUGGUGAGGGCACUGAUCCACAAUGGGGUGAACCUGGCCCUGCAGGACCGCAACGGCAAUACCCCUCUGCACGUGGCCUGCGAGCAGCAGAACCUACAGUGUGCCAAGCAGCUGCUGCAGGAGCCAGGGGAGAGCACAGAGUCUCGAAGGAGCCUGCAGGACCUGCAGCUCCAGAACUGGCAAGGCUUAGCCUGUCUGCACAUCAGCACCUUGAAGGGGAACCUGCAGCUGAUGAAACUGCUGCUGCGGAGUGGAGCUGACAUUAACGUCCAGGACGGCACAAGUGGGAAGACGCCCCUGCACCUGGCAGUGGAGAGCCGUGACCGCGAGGCAGUUCAGUACCUGCUCAGCAAGGGGGCCCACGUGGAUGCCCUGAUGUACAACGGCUGCACCCCGCUACACCUGGCCGUGGGCAGGAAGGAUGCCGCCAUGGCAGCCAUACUGUACCAUUCGGGGGCCGACACCCUGCUGAGGAACAUGGAAGACGAGACUGCCCAGGACCUGGCCGACGGCAAUGACGACCUCCUUGCCCUCCUGCCUUUCGAUGACCUGAAGAUCUCGGGAAAGCUGGUGGUGUGCUCCGACUGAGCAACCAGACUCUGACUUCUGGGGCCGCCCCAGCGCCCUUGGCUCCCCACACCUGAUGGGACCCCACUGACCCAGCCAUGGCACUACAGCUGGCAGAAGCAGAGCCAGCUCAGGAAAUCAUUCCCCUUGUAGCAGCCUCCAUGGCCCCCGACUCUCCAACCGAACUCCCUUCCCUGAGCAGUUGGAAGUUGGAGGAAGUUUCAUGCGCUGCAUGAGACCCUCAGAUGGUGCCUUCGGGGUGGCGGCUGCUGUUGCUGCUCUUUCCCCUGCCUGCAAUGGGAGUAGCCAGCAGGGGGCUCUGGUCUCAGACUGCAUGGAAGAGCAGCUGGGAGGGGGUGUUUCCUGGUCCCAGAUUGUGCAGUGGGGAGUGCUUUUUCCCCCCACACCUCCAGACACUGCUGGAGCAGUUGCAGGGGCUCCCACUGCCCUUCCCCGGGAGACACAGACUCUCAUAAACCCUUCUUCUCUACCGCCAAGAUUUGGACCUUAUGAUUCCCUCAGUGACCAUCAGGGGCUGCAUGCUCUGACUUCUUGCCGCCUGAAGGCUUCAGCACCCCCAGGAGCAGAAUUGCCCUGUACCCCAGCCAGCCCCUCCCCCAGCCAGGAGGGAGCUGGGCCAGAUGGGACAUGAAGAUGAGCAGGAGGGAGCCGCCCUCCUGUGGGCGGAGCUGGGUGGGGAGGUACAGGUCUCCUUCUGGGGCAGGGCCCAUCUGCCUCUUCCCAAGGUAAUCAGAUUCCCUGUCUGUCUCCCUAUGUGAGCCUAGCUUAGCUAAUGCUGCUCCCUGCUUGGGCAGUUCCAUCCAGCCAACCUACACUCCCAGCUGCAGUCAUCGCUGGACUCGCAGAGAAAGGAGGGGCUGGGAGACCUGGUGUUUUAUCCCCAGCUCUGCUGCUGAGUGGCUGCAUCACCCUGGACAAAGUGCCUGUCCCUGCCUCGUGCCUCAGUUUCCCCCUCUGAAAGGGUGCGGGGCAGUGCACACAGGCUUGUGUGUGGGUAGCUUAGUCCAUUGACAACAGUAAAGGACCUGGAGAUUCUCCAGUGAAAGAGGCUGGAGAGGGGCCCAGGGUUCUUCCCUGAUGAUUAGUCACUUCCCCUCUUGGGGCUGCCAUGUUUCUGCCCACCCCACCCCCGGCAUGGCUGCCUCUCUGUGGCAGGUGUGUAGAUAGUGAGUAUAGCAUUUGAGAGCCAGUGGGGGAGCCGUGGUGCCAGUGACCCCAUCUAAGCUGGCGACAGUCUCAGCUCGCUGCUGUUAUUGGGUGGGGGCAAGUCCUGGAUGGCGCAAUCGCCCGGGAUGCUCUGGAGGGCCUGCUCCUUUCUCCCCAGUUCUUGGAAGGGCAGCUGCAAUAGAGUUUUGCCUGGAAAAGCUGCAAAACCUCUUAGCAAGCACUUUUUGAGCCUUGGCGUAGCCUCUGCCUCCCCUCUGGGCAGCUCAAAUCAUUGGCUGUUUCUCUCCCCUACCCUUCCCCCCUGCAUUUUAGCACUUACUCACACCGUCCUGUGGUCACAAAUGAGUUGUUUACUGGCCUCGGCUAAAAUCUAGUGGCAACGGCUCUGGGGCUGCUCAGACUAGCUCCAUCUUCAUUUUGAUGUGACUGGUGGGGGUCUGCCCAGGACUAGAACAGUGUAGGGGGGGAUGUCAGAGAAGAGCUAGAGGGAAAUUAUUUUUCAAAGGGGGAGCCUUUGAAAAUAAUCAUCUCAGGAAAAAAAACACAGAAAAAUCUGUUCUGUGCUGCCCCCUUGUGGCUGUUGAUGAUAUUGCGGCACCUCCCCUACGUUGCUAGGUCUCAGUGCUGAACCCCUGGCAAGGUGUGGCUUGUUGAAUCCUCUGGUGCCUGGGACAGGGGAGCUCUGGUGUCGUGCUAAGUAAGCACUGAUGGCCUGAGCUGUUGCCGAUGGUUAGGGAGGGGUCAUUCAAAUGUUAUUUAAAGAAUAAAAUAAUCAAUCCUCUAGCAAAUGAUCUCUGUGUU